UUGCGCAAUGUGAUCACUUCGAAUAAGUUGAUCCACUUCACCAGCCACAUUCGGUUUGGGGAUUUAGAUUCUGCGCUUAAGGUGUUUGAGAAAAUGUCUGUUAGAACCACAACUAGUUGGAACUCGAUGUUAGCCGGGUUUGCAAAAAUUCCAGGGAAAUUGGAAAAAGCCCGCCAACUGUUUGAUAAAAUUCCUCAACCAGACACUUGCUCGUAUAAUAGUAUGUUGGCUUGUUACUUACGUAAUCUUGGUGUUGGCUCUGCUAUGGAGUUCUUUGAUACAAUGCCGGUUAAGCACAUUGCGUCUUGGAAUACCAUGAUAUCGGGUUUUGCUCAUAAUGGGGAGAGGAAAGCACAGAAGUUGUUUUUGUUGAUGCCGGAGAGGAAUGGUGUAUCGUGGAAUGCGUUGGCUUCGGGGUAUGUGACAUGUGGGGAUUUGGACUUGGCGGUGAAGUGGUUUGAGCUUGCACCGGUUAAGAGUGUUGUGGCGUGGACGGCAAUGGUUACUGGGUAUAUGAAGUUUGGGAAGAUUGGAGUGGCUGAGAAGUUGUUUAGAGAGAUGCCUGAAAAGAAUUUAGUAACAUGGAAUGCUAUGGUUGCCGGGUAUGUGGAGAACUGUCGAGCUGAAGAGGGUUUGAAGCUUUUUAGGUCGAUGAUUGGAUAUGGGGUUAGACCAAAUGCAUCGAGUUUGAGUAGUGCACUACUGGGUUGUUGCAACCUGUCGGCACUGCAAAUGGGUAGGCAAGUACAUCAGCUGCUCUAUAAGUUUAAAUUAUGCAAUGAUACAACUUCAGGAACUGCAUUGGUUAGUAUGUAUUCUAAGUGUGGGAAUUUGGAGGAUGCGAGGAAGUUUAUCUUUGAGAUGAUACGAAAAGAUGUUGUUACUUGGAAUGCAAUGAUUGCCGGCUAUGCUCAACAUGGGGAAGGUUUAAAAGCUCUCAGUUUGUUUGACCAGAUGAGGAAAGAGGGAGUAAAACCAGAUUGGAUCACGUUUGUGUCUGUGUUGAUGGCUCAAAUUUGCAAUCAUGCAGGACUGGUAGAUCUUGUGGUUCAAUAUUUUGAUUCUAUGACACCAGAGUAUCAAGUUGAAGCUAAGAGAGAGCACUAUACAUGUAUGGUCGACCUUCUUGGUCGUGCUGGUAAGCUAGUUGAAGCUGUAGCUUUGAUAAAGGAGAUGUCAUUUGAACCACUUUCUGCUAUUUUUGGAACUCUGUUGGGUGCCUGUCGGAUGCACAAGAACUUACAGUUAGCUGAAUUUGCUGCCAAGAAAUUGCUUGAUCUUGAUCCGACAUGUGCAGCAGCUUAUGUUCAACUUGCUAAUGUUUAUGCUGCCAAGAAAUUAUGGGACCUUGUGGAAAAGGUCAGGCGAUCGAUGAGAGAAAAUAGGGUCGUGAAGACACCUGGCUGUAGUUGGAUUGAGGUAAAGAAUGUAGUCCAUGAGUUCAGAUCAGGUGACAGGGCUCACCCAGAAUUGGCAUCUAUACAUGGAAAACUUGAGCUGGAUCAGAAAAUGAAGUUGGCAGGCCAUGUUCCGAAUCUUGAAUAUGCAUUACAUGAUGUUGGGGAAGGGCAGAAACAUCAGCUGCUAUUUGGCAGUGAAAAACUAGCAAUUGCUUUUGGGCUUAUACACGUGCUAGGGAUGCCAAUUCGCAUAAUCAAAAACUUGAGGGUAUGUGGGUACUGCCAUCAUGCAACCAAGUAGGUAUCAGCAAUUGAGAAAAGAGAAAUCAUUCUCAGAGAUACUACAAGGUUCCAUCAUUUCAAAAAUGGGGUUUGUUCUUGUGGAGAUUACUGGUAGCAGUCAAAUAGUGCUCCCCUUGAUGUUUCCUCAAGUAGACUAGGAAACAAUUAGGCUUGCAGCAAAAAAAAAAAUCUGCUGAGGCAGAUCACCCCACAUGUCAUCCCAGAUUCCCAGUCAAGGUUGGAUCCAGGAAACAAAGGCGGGCUAGUUUGUGGUCUUUUUC